AUGAGUAACUCAGCAGGAACAAUGAAGAGGAAGGUAGUCAUCAUGGGCUCACCAAGUGUUGGCAAAACAUCUCUCACCCAACAAUACGUAUCACCGCCUACGUACAACGCAUCAUACUACCCUACCAUCGAAGAUACAUCACACAAAACCGUUACUUACAAUGGGAUACAGUAUGAAUGCGAGAUCAUCGAUUCAGCAGGUUUGGAGGAAUACUCUCUCUUCCCUGGUAAAUACGGAAUCGGUGUACAUGGCUAUAUCCUUGUAUACGCCAUUACAUCAAGACAAUCAUUCGAGAUGAUACCCAUCGUUCACGAUAAGAUCCUCGACUAUGCUGGUUUGGAAAAAGUUCCUUGUGUGAUUGUUGGACAGAAAUUAGACUUACAAUCUGAGCGAGUCAUAACCACAGUAGAAGGUGAAACUCUAGCCAAGAAACUGAAUGCCGGUUUCAUCGAAUCUAGCGCCAAGGAUAAUAAGAACGUCGGCAAAGCAUUCGACGUCCUGCUUGCUGAAAUGCAAAAGGAAUACAAUCCCGAGCCCGAGAAGAAGAAGAGCAGUUGGUGGAGUUGGGGCGCAAAGUAG